AUGUGCACGUAUCAUAAGGAGCGCGGCCACUACACCACGCAAUGCCCACCUUUCAAGCGAUAUCUAGAAGACUUGGCAGCAGCCGGUCAUCUAAAUCAGUGGAUUGACGUUCGGCGAAAUCCACUUCCUCCACCUCCCCCUCUUAUUGGCAAUCUCGUGAGCAUUAUACAAGGGUUGGUUUCCGAAGGAAGGGUGGCCAAGCUUCGUUCAGAAAUUGACAGAGCCAUCACCUCUUUAUCUAUUUACAACGUGGGCGCUUCGGGAAAGCGAAAAUGGGAGGACCCGAACUUUGGCAGCACAAUUACUUUUUCAUCCGACGACUUGAAAGGUGUGCAACUCCCUCACACGGACGCCUUCGUUGUCACUGUUGCAAUUGAAAAGUCAACCGUUCAACGGGUAUUGAUAGAUCAAGGAAGCUCGACGGACGUGAUGUUUUACUCAACCUACUGGAGCCUCGGGUUAUCUCCCGCUCAACUUCAAACAGCCUCUACUCCCCUCGUCAGUUUUACUGGAGCAUCGGUUUGGCCACUCAGCUUGAUUACUCUCCCUGUGCGGGCUGGGUCGCGGGUUCUAGAGAUUGAAUUUAUGGUGGUCGCUUCGCCCAGCCCAUACAACGAGAGCCUCCGAGGAGACCAAAUCCAAUCAAAGAAAUGCUACAUCAGCACUGUCACCAACAAACAGAGCUGUAUGGAGGUACAAUGUGUGGAAGCCACUCCAGUUCCUAUAAUUGAAGACGUAGGAGUGCCUGCCGAACAAAGGUCUACCGAAGAGCUAAUACAUUUUCCCAUUCCAUGGGGCGAAGGAAGAUAUUUUUUAAUUAGGAGUUCUCUGAGCAUGGCCGAACGCGAAGAGAUGUAUGACUUCUUGAUGCAAAACAUAGAGGUUUUUGCUUGGACUCCCCAAGACAUGCCGUGA